CAUUGCAGUACAAGCUAUACUGGCAAUCAGACACUAAACUCUUUAACAUCGACCGGCUCCGACGGCGCCGAUCAGCAGCAGCCACCGGGUCGGCCGCUUCUCGGACGCAAAGCCCAACCGACCGACCAAGGCACCGCCAAACCGCUGCCGUCCACCGCGUGGCGCCAAAAUAAGCCGGAUUUGAGCAAAAUCCGAGGCGGCAAUAUAGGCAACCGGCCCGGCACCUCAGAGGGGAGGCGAGCGCGGAGGAGUGGGGGGCGCGCGAGUUGUGCCGCCAGAAGCGAGUGGAUUGCGAUUGCAGUCGGACGUGCACGGCCAGACCUCUGGAGUUUAACUCUUUAUUUUCAAAACUAGGAGAAAUAAGAAGUGUGCCCUUGUGGAUUACCCGAUUGCAGCCUUUCUUGGAUAAAACUCAUCUGGUGCUGGAAAGGCAGCCAGGACUACAAUGUGCUGCUGACAGAAAAUGUACCCAACUGGUAUGAACGCGGCGGCAGCAGCUGCGGCGGCGGCGGCCCGGCACCCGGGCCCGCCCCAGCCGGGACAGCCUUUCAAGUUCACUGUAGCUGAAUCUUGCGACAGAAUCAAAGAGGAGUUCAACUUCCUGCAGGCGCAGUACCACAAUCUCAAGCUCGAGUGUGAGAAGCUGGCCAGCGAGAAAAUCGAAAUACAACGCCACUACGUUAUGUACUAUGAGAUGUCCUACGGGCUCAACGUUGAGAUGCACAAGCAGACUGAAAUUGCCAAACGUCUCAACACACUCAUCGCACAGAUCUUGCCAUUUCUUUCUCAGGAGCACCAACAACAAGUAGCCACUGCAGUCGACAGGGCAAAACAAGUCACCAUGACAGAGCUGAACGCAAUCAUUGGGCAACAGCGCUCUGAACUUCCUCGUUUAUUGCAACAAAUGCACGCGCAGCAGUUGCCCCACGCCGCCCACGCGCCUCCUAUUCCGAUGAUGCCCCACCCGGGGCUCCCGGGGCCACCGUCGAGCGCCGCCAGUCUGCUGGGCCUGUCGGGCCUUUCCGGGGCGCCGGGGGCGCAUCCGCUGUCGAUGCUGGGCGCCAAACCUGAGCUCCACCGAGAAGAUGUCAAAGCCAGCAGCGCCGGUCUUCCAGGCGCCGAGGAACGACAUCGCAAUUCAAUUUCCCCGGCCGAGAGGGAAAAGUACCGGCCGAGAAGCCCACCAGAGGUCGAACACAAGAAAGUUAAAAAAGAGGAGAAAGACUGCCAUGCGAGUGAUGGGGAAAAAAGCGACCAGGACUUGGUCGUUGACGACGCAAGUGAAGACCCCGUGUCACCCCCAAACGGCACCGCCUCUCCUCGGGAAAAUGGUCUGGACAAAUUAGCGCCUAAAAAGGAGCACGUUGGACCGCACAGUCCUCGAAGUGGCACCAGCUCAAAUGCCAGCACCCCCUCGACCAAGAAACUGGACGGCGAGAAGCCAACUACCCCUAUUUCCAAAUCGGUGACUCCGACGAGCGGUGGCAGUGGCAGCAGUGCUGCAGGGGGCAGUGGCCUCAAGCCCAUCGUCAAACCGCCACCUUUGGGUAAUGAUUUUGAAAACCAAUUGACCUAUUUGGACUCAAAUUGGAUUUGGAAUCCAACAGGCCAAUAUCCUCCAUACCUAGCAGGGGCAGCUCCGCAUGAACUGCAGCCCGGCGCCUAUGGUGCUCACUUGAACAAUCUGCCACCCUCUCUCAACAACUACCAGCGACCUCCGAUCGUCGGCUUUGACCCUCAUCCCCAGAUGCGGGCGCCCCUGGGCCCUGGCCUGGGCGGCAUCCCUGGAGGCAAGCCGGCCUACUCAUUCCAUGUGAGCGCCGACGGCCAGAUGCAGCCGGUGCCCUUUCCUCCCGAUGCCCUUAUGGGGCCUGGGAUUCCGAGACACGCUCGGCAAAUAAACACUUUGACCCACGGUGAGGUCGUGUGCGCCGUCACCAUCAGCAACCCCACCAAGUAUGUCUACACCGGCGGCAAGGGCUGCGUCAAGGUGUGGGACAUCAGCCAACCUGGCAACAAAAGCCCAGUUUCUCAGCUUGACUGCUUACAAAGGGACAACUACAUUCGAUCUGUGAAGCUCCUCCCUGACGGAAGGACCCUGAUCGUAGGUGGCGAGGCCAGCAACCUUUCCAUAUGGGACUUGGCCUCUCCUACUCCUAGAAUUAAGGCCGAACUUACUUCCAGUGCUCCUGCGUGCUACGCCUUGGCUAUCAGCCCCGACUCAAAGGUGUGCUUCAGCUGCUGCAGUGACGGAAAUAUUGCCGUCUGGGACUUGCAGAACCAAACCCUGGUCAGACAGUUCCAGGGACACACAGAUGGUGCCAGUUGUAUUGACAUUUCCGCAGACGGAACAAAACUCUGGACAGGUGGUCUAGACAACACGGUGCGGUCGUGGGACCUUCGAGAAGGUCGACAGCUGCAACAGCACGACUUCACUUCGCAGAUCUUCUCACUCGGCUACUGUCCCACUGGCGAGUGGCUCGCCGUCGGCAUGGAGAACUCCAACGUCGAGGUGCUGCACUGUAACAAGCCUGACAAGUACCAACUGCAUCUACACGAAAGCUGUGUGUUAUCCCUGAAGUUUGCUGCUUGCGGCAAAUGGUUCGUCAGCACCGGCAAGGACAACCUGCUUAACGCUUGGAGGACACCCUAUGGAGCCUCUAUUUUCCAAUCAAAGGAAUCGUCGUCGGUGCUGAGUUGUGAUAUAUCAGCAGAUGACAAAUACAUAGUGACAGGCUCAGGAGACAAAAAGGCGACGGUGUACGAGGUCAUGUACUGACCUGCAAUGAUCUCAGUAUUCUAAUUAAUACCUCAAAAUUACCGCCUUCGAACUAUCUAGCCCAGCCCAUGUUACAAUGUCAAAAUGUGUAAUAUUAAUAAAAACACGUACACAACAUUCUUACCUGA